UAGACCAGGUAGAGUGUACAAAUUACACAAUUACAAAACUAUGUGCCCCCGGCGACAAGUACUAGUAUCGCUCAGUACGCCCCGGUCCCACCAGCGCUACACACAGCCAUGGACACUGCAGGCUUCAAACAACUUCAACGGCAGCUCGAACAAGUGACCUCUACAGAUGACAAGCUGUUGGUGUUGUCCAGUUCCCAUGGUAACUUCAGUGCUAACCAGCUGGUCUUCCUCUUCCAGCUAUUUCCACAAAUUCACGACGAAGUGAAAGUAACACAAAGAUUGAAAAGCAGACUCUGUCCAAUGACAUGCGCAGAAGCAGCCGAUGUUCUGGAGGCGGUGUCCUACUCGGACAAAAUGCAGAUCCUGGAGAUCAUCUCCCGUUCCGUCACUGACGCCAGCUCUGGUUUUAAACACAUUGAAGACCAGUUCAACUCUCGUUCCGAAAAAUCCAUGGCCAAAGAAAUGAUGAGUAGGGCGAGUGAAAAUCUCACGGCUAAAGCCAAGGAACGAGAUGACCUCGGCGGACCCGCUGCCUCAUCUCGUGCCCAGCAUACCGUAGGAAUGGACGAGAGGAGCUUCAGUCAACUCGAACAGAAACUGAAAAGUGCGUUAUUUAUAGAAGACAAGUUGGCGGUACUGUCCCAGUCCAAGGGCAGCUUCAGCGCAGAUCAGGUGUAUCGCGUCUUCCAGACCCUCCCGCAGGUACAUGACGAGAUAAAGGCACUCCGGGCACUUCAGGAGAGACUCUGCCCGAUGUCCUGCGCAGAAGCAGUGUGUGUACUCGAGGCGGUGCCAUACUCCGACAAGCUGAAGGUCCUGGACAUCAUCGCCAGGUCGGUAGGGGGCGUUCUUUGAGAAAAAUUUAUCCGCAUCGCAAACAAACAUGAUUUUAUUUCAGGCAACAGCAACUUAAGCUUACGAUAAUCUCUUUUCUAGGAAAAAUUUCGACAUCCGCACUGGUAUUGGGUACAUCGAAGACAUCUUUAACUACAGUUCAGAAAAAGCAAGGUUAGAGAAACCAUAUCCAAGCACGACUUGUAAUGUUGCCAACCUGCACUGAUAUCAGCCCAACUACGAAAGACCAAGAGCAAGAAGACUUUAGAACAUCUGUAUCCAUCUGCACCAGCGUCCUGCAUGAUAUUACCAUGUACCAGACGGACAAAGUGGAAAAUUUGUCCCCAAACGUAGUUUAUCGGCAGAGGAAUAAACGUGCAUGACAAUAAAUGUAUAAUAUUCAUCGUAACAUGAAGCUAAUCAAAGUCAAUGAUGCACAGCGCUUAUUUUUAUCACUAAAUAAUUGCUAGAGAAUUCGAAAUAAUUCAACUGAUGCAAAUGCACACUAUUACCUAAGUGUGCAGAAAGUGUAGUCUACAAAUACUUCAAUAAUGGCAACAUUUCUAGUUAUAUAAUGCUUGUAUCAAACAUGCAGCGAAUCACUGCGGUUCCCAUUGUUUACAAGGGACGAGAAUACCAUAUAACAGUUAAAAGAUUAUACAAUACUUUUAAACAGGUUCCUCGGUAGUAGUUAGAAGAAAAUUUAUAAAAAGAUACGCCUUUGAGGUCUUGUAGCAGUCUUUUCAUUCUACGAAAUAGUAAAAUUUUGCUAAUUGCUGCUAAUUCUUUGAUGUUCAAAAGUGACCCAUAUUAUCCGGAGAGGAAGCUCAGAUGCACCUGUUGGCUUCCUAUGAUCUCGACCAAUCACAGGCCGCGCUCCACCUGCUCCUCCAAUCACAGACCACGGUACACCUGCUCGACCAAUCACAGGCCGCGCUACAGCUGCAAACACUAAUCAGAUCACGCUAGAUAUUACGCGUCCGUUGAACAGUCCCAGGACAAGUAUUAUUGCAUCAAGACAAGACAAUAAAGUUGGUUGGCAUCACGGUA